AUGAAACAAUUCUUUAUGGUAUUUUUAAUUAUCAUGUUGAAUAUAAAGAAGAAUGAAUUGAAAUGUCUUCAAGCUUGGAAUGGAAGUGGAACAGGUGCAUGGUAUCGUGUAGAUACAAUUUGUAAUUCUUCAUUUAUCUCAACAGAACUCGUCAAUUGUUUACCAACGAUUAUUUUACCUUCAAAUUUAACAGCGUUUAGUGAUGGAUUUUAUAUCAGUUUAGGAGUUUUCAAUCGUUUCAAUGGAGUUUCGCUUGAUAUUGGUUUAACAUUCGAUUUGGGGAAAAAUCGUUGGUUUUCUUACGGAAAUGAUCGACUGGGAUGGAAGUCCGGAAGUAUUUCAAUUGAUUCCAAUGAAAAUCGUUGUAUUAAUGUUUCUUUAAGUAUUUUUAACGAUUAUAUUCAUUAUAUUAUUCGAAACUCGAAUGGUUCAAUUGUUUUAGGUGAAGAUAAAUUUUAUUCAUUUCAAAUUGAUCCUCUAUUGAAUUUAACAAAAAAUAAUUCUGAUUCAUUUGGAUUUUAUCGUUUUGAUAGUAUUGCUCAAAGUAAAGAAACAUUGAAAAGUGGUUCUCAACUUAUUCAUGCGCAAAUGUUCAAUUGGACGCUAAAGUUUUCUUCAGGAGAAAUUCUUCCAGCUAAUGAAUAUAAUAUUGCUAAGAAUAUUAGUGGUUAUUCACCAGGUAUAUGUUGUUCUAAUCAAGAAAUAAAAACGAUUGAAAUUCAUCAACAAAUCAAAUGGAAUCAAUCGGAUAUAUCGAUUCGAUAUAUUUAA